AUGUCGUCCCGACCAGAGUUGAAGGUCGACGAUGAACAUGGCUUUAUUCGAUAUUUCAAGUCUCUGCCUGUCGUAGGCGAUGAGACCGUACGCAUUUUCGAUCGUGGCGACUGGUAUACCGCUCACGGCCAAGAUGCCAACUUCAUCUCUAGAGCCGUUUACAAAACUACAUCCGUUGUGCGACAACUUGGCAGAAACGAUGCCAGCGGCCUUCCAUCGGUCACUAUGACUGUCACUGUCUUUCGACAAUUCUUACGAGAAGCCCUUUUCAAACUGGGAAAGCGAGUCGAGAUAUAUGCAAGCAGUGGCGGCCGAAUGAACUGGAAGAUUGUCAAGCAAGCAUCCCCUGGUAAUCUGCAAGAUGUCGAGGAUGAGCUCGGCGGUCAGUUCGAAUCUGCACCUAUGAUACUGGCUGUUAAGAUUGUGGCUAAAGCGACAGAGGCCAGGAGCGUUGGUGUCUGCUUUGCCGAUGCCAGCGUCCGGGAGCUCGGUGUUAGCGAAUUCCUGGAUAACGAUUUAUAUUCCAAUUUCGAGGCUCUCCUUAUCCAACUUGGUGUUAAGGAAUGUCUUAUCCAGAUUGACAAGGCUGAGAAGAUGAAGGAUCCAGAGCUGGCCAAGCUCCGACAAAUAAUCGAUAAUUGUGGUGUUGCCAUAGCCGAGAGACCUGCUGGCGACUUUGGAACCAAAGAUAUCGAACAGGAUCUUGCUCGAUUGCUCAAAGAUGAGCGAUCCGCAACCCUACUUCCCCAAACCGAUCUGAAAUUGGCUAUGGGCUCGGCCGCAGCGUUAAUAAAAUACCUGAGUGUCCUGCAAGACCCGUCCAAUUUCGGACAAUACCAAUUAUAUCAGCAUGAUCUGUCUCACUUUAUGAAAUUAGAUGCGGCUGCGCUCAAGGCUCUGAACUUGAUGCCCGGAGUAAAGGAUGGCUCCAAGACUAUGAGCUUGUUUGGUUUGCUGAAUCAUUGCAGAACUCCAGUUGGUAGCAGGUUACUUGCCCAAUGGCUCAAGCAACCCCUGAUGAACAAGGACGAAAUUGAGAAGCGCCAGCAGUUAGUGGAGGCUUUCGUGAACGACACCGAGUUACGGCAGACGAUGCAGGAAGAACACUUAAAAUCCGUACCGGAUCUAUAUCGCUUAGCGAAGCGAUUCCAACGAAAUAAGGCCAAUCUCGAGGAUGUUGUUAGGGCAUAUCAAGUGGUCAUUCGCUUACCUGGAUUUCUAGGAACCCUUGAGGGAGUGAUGGAUGAGAAAUAUAAGGAUCCGUUAGACGAGGCCUAUACCAACAAAAUGCGGGAGCUUUCGGACAGUCUCGGAAAGCUCGCAGACAUGGUCGAAACCACGGUCGAUUUGGAUGCACUUGAUAACCACGAGUUUAUCAUCAAGCCAGAGUUUGACGAUAACUUACGCAUCGUGCGAAGGAAACUCGACAAGCUUAGAUCCAACAUGGACAGCGAAUUUCAGAAAGCCGCAGACGACCUAAGCCAAGAGGAAAACAAGAAGAUAUUCCUCGAGAACCACAAAACUCAUGGCUGGUGCAUGCGAUUAACCCGUACUGAAGCUGGCUGCAUUCGUAACAACUCCCGAUACCAAGAGUGCUCGACGCAGAAGAAUGGCGUGUACUUCACCACCAAACUGCUACAAACUUAUCGUCGCGAGUUUGACCAGCUGUCUCAGACUUAUAACAGAACUCAGAAAGGCUUGGUCAACGAAGUGGUCAGUGUCGCCGCAUCCUAUUGCCCCGUGUUGGAGCAACUCGCCGGCAUCCUCGCGCAUCUCGAUGUCAUCGUCUCAUUCGCGCAUUGCUCCGUCCAUGCACCCACCUCUUACGUUCGCCCUACCAUCCACCCUCGUGGCGAGGGCUCCACCAUCCUCAAAGAGGCCCGUCAUCCGUGCAUGGAGAUGCAGGACGACAUCCAAUUUAUUACCAAUGACGUUGAGCUCCGCCGUGACGAAUCCUCCUUCCUCAUCAUAACAGGUCCCAACAUGGGCGGAAAGUCUACGUACAUUCGACAAAUCGGCGUUAUUGCGCUGAUGGCGCAGGUCGGUUGCUUUGUGCCUUGCACCGAGGCAGAACUCACCAUAUUCGACUCCAUACUGGCGCGCGUCGGCGCCAGCGACUCUCAGCUCAAGGGCGUAUCCACAUUCAUGGCCGAGAUGCUGGAGACCGCCAACAUCCUCAAGUCGGCCACAGCCGAGUCGCUCAUCAUCAUUGACGAGCUGGGUCGGGGUACCUCGACCUACGACGGCUUCGGCCUGGCGUGGGCCAUCAGCGAGCACAUCAUCAAGGAGAUCGGGUGCUCCGCCAUGUUCGCCACGCACUUCCACGAGCUCACCGCCCUCGCGGACCAGUACGCGCAAGUCAAGAACCUGCACGUCACGGCGCACAUCUCCUCGGCCAACACCCAAGCCGUCGACAAGCGCGAGGUCACGCUCCUGUACAAGGUCGAGCCGGGCGUCUGCGACCAGUCCUUCGGCAUCCACGUCGCCGAGCUCGUCCAGUUCCCCGAGAAAGUAAUCAAGAUGGCGAAGCGAAAAGCCGAUGAACUAGAGGAUUUCACAUCGAAGCACGAGGAUGGGCUGGGGUUGCAGAAGUACACUAAAGAGGAUGUCGAGGAGGGAAGCGCGAGGCUGAAGGAUGUGCUGGUGAAGUGGAAAGACGAGGUCAAGGGGGGGAGCUUGACGAAGGAGGAGAUGGUGAAGAGGCUGAGGCUGCUGGUCAAGGCGGAUGAGAAGCUACUGGCGAACCCGUUUUUCACGUCGGUCAAGGCUUUGUGA